GUGGGAGGGCUGGGCUGGCUGUCGAGAGCAGCUUACUGGUAGUGAAAGUCGAGUGGGCAGACUGGAUGGUAAAGAAAGACCCUCCUCUCUUCAAUACCGUUGUUCGAGAAACGUGAGGCCCUUCUAAAGAACUCCGGUCCGUCGCCCGGUGAUCUAUUUCAAAGGAAGUUCCGUCGGUUACUCAUUCCCCAGGACACUUACUGGAUCUUUUAUAUAUAUCACUCGUUUUAUCUGACUAACGUUAUAUUAACGGCUCCGGCCAUGGCAGCGAGCGCGAAGCGAAAACAGGAGGAAAAACACCUGAAGAUGCUGCGAGAAAUGACGAGUUUGGCGCCCAACCGAAAGUGCUUCGACUGCGACCAGCGCGGGCCGACCUACGCCAACAUGACCGUGGGCUCGUUCGUCUGCACGUCCUGCUCUGGCAUCCUACGUGGCCUGAAUCCCCCUCACAGAGUGAAGUCCAUCUCCAUGACCACUUUCACGCAACAGGAAAUAGAACUUCUACAGAAGCAUGGAAAUGAGGUAUGCAAACAGAUAUGGCUCGGCCUUUAUGACGACCGGAACUUGGCCAUCCCAGACUUCAGAGAGCCUCAGAAAGUCAAAGAGUUUCUUCAGGAUAAAUAUGAAAAGAAGAGAUGGUAUGUUCCUCCAGAGCAGGCUAGGACUGUGGCGUCGGUUCAUGCAUCGAUCUCUGGUUCGUCUGCUAGCAGCACCAGCAGCACACCAGAGGUCCGACCUCUCAAAACUUUACUGGGGGAAUCAGUGCCCAGUUUACACCUCAACAAAAACACACCUAGCCAGUCUCCAGUUGUGUCCCGCGCUCAGCUGGCCCAUCAGCAGUAUCAGGACAGGAAGUUUGAUUUGCUCAGUGAUCUGGGUGGCGACAUUUUUGCGCCUCCGCACUCGCAGUCCACAGGCAACGCAAACUUUGCCAACUUUGCACAUUUCAACAGUCAUUCGGCUGCGCAGAGUGUGAAUGCUAGCGCAGACUUUGCGAAUUUUGAUGCGUUCAAAAGUUCUGCUGCUCCAACCACAGCAGCAUUUCCAUCAGGUCCGCAUGCUCCAUUUCAGCCCCCACAACCAGUGUACAACAGUCUCCCAUUUAGUCACAGUGUGGGCGAGUUUACCUCAUCGCUGCCUCCACUGGCCAUGCACAGUAGCUCAUCAGGACUAGCUAAUGCCAACUUUGCGAAUUUCGAUAACUUCCACAAGUCGUGCAGUGCUGAUUUCGCCUCGUUUAGCUCCAGCCAGAGUAAUUCAGUAGGAGAUGUGCAUAAAGCGGAUACAGUGAGUGUCCCUGCAGACCGAUAUGCAGCUCUCGCAGACCUCGACAACAUGUUCGGCUCCAAACCUGAGCAAGGUCCAAGUUCAGCUCCUCCGUCAGCAGGUGUGGGUCCUCCACCUCCACAGGCCGCUCUUUUGGGUGGCGAUCGCUACGCUGCUCUCGCUGAACUGGACAAUGUCUUCGGUCCCUCAGUUCCAAAUGUGAGCGGCUACCAAACGGCAACCACAGCACAAGGGGCUGUUUAUGGAUCCUCUUCAGCUGUUCCUCCUGCUCAAGCACAACAGGGUUUACCCAACAUCCCUCAGGGUUUUGCAGGGCCUUCAACGAAUCCAUUCGUCGCUCCUGGGGCUCCACAGGCCACUCCCACUAACCCAUUCCAAGCCAAUGGGAGAGCAGCAGUACCUGGAAUGGGUGUGGCUGCAGCAGCCUCUUUCGGUCCUCCGUCGAUGAGUAUGCCCACUGGUUUUGGAAACACUGCUGCCUACAACCUUCCCACCAGCUUCAGUGGAAACUUCCAGCAGGCCUUUCCUGGACAGCCGUUCAACCAGCCGCAUGCUUAUCCUCAACAACCCAACGGAGGUUUUGCUGCUUUUGGUCAGGGUAAAGUCACUCCGUUUGGACAGAACAUGGGGGGACCAGCAGUAACCAAUAACCCCUUCCUGGCGGGGGCGCCAGCAGCACAGUUUCCUGCAGGAGGUUCCACCACAAACCCCUUCUUAUAGCGUGCGUUUAUCCUGCGGCGGCCGACCUGCGACUCGACCGCACAUCUUGCACUCUUUUGUUUCCCAAGUAGCUUUAAAAAACAUGACUUUCCUAAUGGAUUUUUUAUUGAAUUUUAAAAACAGAAGACUGAAAAAGAUACCAGUGGAAUAAAUACACGAUUCUGGUCACAAACACAGAAAACAAAACAUGUUGCAGAGAAAAGGAGCUCUUUUUUUUCUUUUAACUUUUUAGCUCCUUUUGUCAUUCCUGUGAACUGGCCUGGGCUGGACAUCAUCUGCACCGUACUGCGGAUUUAAUAAGUUAUUGCAAACCUCCCGAUUCAUGUUAAUGCUGCAAUUCUGUAUAUAAUUCUUUGAUAGAACUUGCUCAAUUUUAGGUCUUUGUGCAUAUCAGUAUUUGUAUCUCUAACACACAAAACACAUGCUGCAAAUACGGCGUGGACGUCCGUCAUGCUGUGAAUAACAUUACGCAAGAAUGUGGAAUCCUUUUGGACAUUUUUAGUGUCGCCUUUUUGUGCUUUUGGAGUUUUUGAGAAUGAUGCAAAAAAAAAAACGUUUUCUCCGUUAUGAGGAGUUUUGAAGACUCUUUUUGGAUGUCAACUCAUGAGACUUUGACUCAAGACCACUUAUGUUACAGAAAUCUAACUUAAUGUGUAUAUAUAUAAAUAAAUAUAUAUACUAUAUAUAUUAAAAAGAA